AUGACCUUGGGCGAAGUUAUCUAUGAAAAGUAUAAGGUUGUGGCAAAACUUGGCUUCGGAUCAGCAAGCACGAUAUGGUGCUGUCGUAACCUGGCCACGAAUAAAUAUGCCGCAUUGAAAAUUUACGCCCACAAUUUGGUUGCAGAAGAUGAGAUUGACAACGAAAUUGCUAUCUACAAACAUCUUAGCACCGCGGGGAACCUCGACCAUCCUGGCAAGAUGUAUGUCCGCACCAUGCAGGGUUCCUUCUUUGUUACGAGCAGAGCAGGGAAUUCCCAUCAAUGUUUAGUUCACGAGAUCCUUUCCAACGAUAUAUUGAGCCUCCGAUAUACUCGCCCAGAUCGUAAACUGCCCGAGGCAAUGCUCAAGCAAAUUUUGAUCCAUUUGCUCCUCGCACUAGAUUUCUUGCAUAGCGAGUGCCAUAUUAUCCACACAGAUAUAAAAGAAGAGAAUAUAUUGCUGAAUUUGGUCGAUUCAUCUAUCGUGAAACAGCUGGAUACAAAAGAAAUCGCGGCAUCGAGCUUCUAUAAAAGUAUCAAUGGGUACAAUCUCUACAAAAGCGCAAACUUCGGUAUUCCAACAAGGUUUGGCCGUCCGAUCCUCUGUGACUUCUCUCUCGCUCGGAACGGACAGGUCGAGCACUGUCAUGACAUCCAGCCGGAUUCUUACCGGGCUCCCGAAGUCAUUCUAGAGAUGCCCUGGGGUUAUGCUGUGGAUAUAUGGAAUUUCGGAGUCAUGGUCUGGGACAUGUUUGAGAAUAGACACAUGUUCGAUGGGCUUGACCCCGAGACUAACAAGUAUGGGAACCGCUUUCACCUUGCUAGUAUAGUUGGUCUUUUAGUACCUCCUCCCCUCGAGUUCCUCCAGCGAAGCGAGUGCAGCUCCGUUUACUUCGAUGACAAAGGCAACUGGAAGUGUCUGAAUCCUGUCCUAUCAGUGUCUUGGGAAGAUUCCGAGAGGAAUCUCGACGUUUCCAAUAAGAAAGGCUUCCUCGAUUUCGUUCGCAAAAUGGUCAGGUGGACGCCGGAAUCGAGAGCGUCGCCCUCCGAGCUACUAGAAGACCCUUGGCUUCUUGGAGAUGUGGAGGAGUAG